GUCAUCUGGACUCAGGCGGGGAGGCGUGGGCUCAGUUUCGCGCUUGCGCGCUGCUCUUGGAGACGGCGUCUAUCUCGCCCCGCCCCUCAUAGUCUGCAGUUCCGGCUCUGCAGAUUCGCUGCUCACGUUUCUUUUUUCCGUGGCCCUUCCUGCCCUUUGUUUCUCUCUUCAUGUCACCCGCGGGACAACUCUACCUGCAAGUCGCUGAAAUCGAUUUUCUGCUUCUUAUAGUAAGCGGCGGGCUCGCCAGCCUAGAGCGAAAGUGUGACUGCGAACGGGCAGGCGCGCGCGGGGCUCGGCGGAGGCGCGCUUGGGCUCCCGGCGGCGACGAUUACGACGACUAGGAGAGCGGACGGAGGCGGCGCCUGAAGCAGUGGCGGAGCCCAUGCCCCGGGACGGCGGGCGGGCCCGGAGAGACAAAUCCGGGGCCCGGGGCAUGUCCCCGGGGCCCCCGUGAGGAGGCGGCGGCGGCUAUGGAGAUCCCGCCGCAGGAGGCGCCGCCCGUGCCGGGCGCGGACGGCGACGUUGAAGAGGCCCCCGCCGAGGCCGGGUCUCCCAGCCCCGCAUCGCCCCCCGCCGAUGGGCGCCUCAAGGCUGCAGCCAAGCGCGUCACGUUCCCGUCCGACGAGGAUAUCGUGUCUGGAGCAGUGGAGCCCAAAGACCCCUGGAGACAUGCCCAGAACGUGACCGUGGAUGAGGUCAUCGGCGCCUACAAGCAGGCCUGCCAGAAGCUGAACUGCAGGCAGAUCCCCAAGCUCCUCAGGCAGCUGCAGGAAUUCACAGACCUCGGGCACCGCCUCGACUGUCUGGACCUGAAAGGUGAGAAGCUUGACUACAAGACCUGCGAGGCCCUGGAAGAGGUCUUCAAGAGGCUGCAGUUCAAGGUCGUGGACCUGGAGCAGACAAACCUGGAUGAAGAUGGUGCCUCGGCCCUCUUCGACAUGAUCGAGUACUACGAGUCGGCCACCCACCUCAACAUCUCCUUCAACAAGCACAUAGGCACCCGGGGCUGGCAGGCGGCCGCCCACAUGAUGCGCAAGACGAGCUGCCUGCAGUACCUGGACGCCCGCAACACGCCCCUGCUGGACCACUCGGCGCCGUUCGUGGCCCGUGCCCUGCGCAUCCGCAGCAGCCUGGCAGUGCUGCACCUGGAGAAUGCCAGCCUGUCAGGGCGGCCCCUCAUGCUGCUCGCCACGGCCCUGAAGAUGAACAUGAACCUGCGGGAGCUGUACCUGGCGGACAACAAGCUCAAUGGCCUGCAGGACUCGGCCCAGCUGGGUAACCUGCUCAAGUUCAACUGCUCCCUGCAGAUCCUGGACCUCCGGAACAACCACGUGCUGGACUCGGGUCUGGCCUACAUCUGCGAGGGCCUCAAGGAGCAGAGGAAGGGGCUGGUGACCCUGGUGCUGUGGAACAACCAGCUAACACACACGGGCAUGGCCUUCCUGGGCAUGACACUGCCGCACACUCAGAGCCUGGAGACGCUGAACCUGGGCCACAACCCCAUCGGGAACGAGGGUGUGCGGCACCUCAAGAACGGGCUCAUCAGCAACCGCAGCGUGCUGCGCCUGGGGCUGGCCUCCACCAAGCUCACGUGCGAGGGCGCGGUGGCGGUGGCGGAGUUCAUCGCUGAGAGCCCCCGCCUCCUGAGACUGGACCUUCGGGAGAACGAGAUCAAGACAGGCGGGCUCAUGGCACUGUCGUUGGCCCUCAAGGUGAACCACUCACUGCUGCGCCUGGACCUCGACCGUGAGCCCAAGAAGGAGGCGGUGAAGAGCUUCAUCGAGACGCAGAAGGCGUUGUUGGCCGAGAUCCAGAACGGCUGCAAGCGCAACUUGGUGCUGGCGCGGGAGCGGGAGGAGAAGGAGCAGCCGCCGCAGCUGUUGGCCUCCAUGCCUGAGACCACCGCCACCGAGCCCCAGCCCGACGACGAGCCCGCUGCUGGGGUGCAGAACGGGGCCCCCAGCCCCGCACCCAGCCCGGACUCAGACUCAGACUCGGACUCGGAUGGGGAGGAUGAGGAGGAAGAGGAAGGGGAGAGGGAUGAGACCCCCUGUCCUGCCCUGGUGCCCCCCACGGACUCCCUGGGCCCUGGGGACAGGAGUCCCCCAGGCAGCCCCUCCACACCCACUGAGCAGCGGAUUUCCGUGUCCAGCCCAGGCCGGGGCCACAAGGUGUUUGUGGUGACCCGGGUGCAGAGCCCACCCGAGAGGGCAGAGCCCCCUUCGUCCCCCAUCCCUCCUCCUCCCCCGCCCCCUCCCUCCCCACCCGCCUCACCUUCCCUACCACCUGCCGGGGCCAUUGUCACCCGGGACACAGGGUCCUCUGAGUCUCAGCAACCACCGGAGCCGCCUCAGUCAGGGCCAUCGCUGCCCAACGGCCUGAAGCCCGAGUUCGCCCUGGCACUGCCCCCUGAGCCACCCCCGGGGCCUGAGGUCAAGGGGGGCAGCUGCGGCCUGGAGCACGAACUGAGCUGCUCCAAGAAUGAGAAGGAGCUUGAGGAGCUGCUUCUGGAAGCCAGUCAGGAAUCCGGGCAGGAGACACUGUGACACUUUAGUUCCCUUUUUCCGGUCGGUCUGCGAUUAGCUGAGGCCAGAGCCAUGAGAAUCUGCUCACCUUCCCCCCAGCCUUCCUGAGGCCCAGGAUGCCAGGGGUGGGGGCCAUUCUGGGGCCCCCCCUCCCCCCACAGCAACACUACAAGGGGUGCAGGAGCUACAGGGAGCGGCCCUCCCCGUACGACUCAGGCACUUCUGUUUAUGAGCCCACCACUGGAAGACUCUGGGGGUGAAUGGGAGGAGGGGGAGCAGGAGGAGUUCUUCAACGACAUCAGGCGCCUGUUCUGGAGGGGCCAGGCUUGCCCUGCAGAGGGCAGGGGUCCUGGGUGGUGGUGGGAUGGUCCCCUGUGGCCCUGGGCACAGGGCCGAGCAGGCAGCCUGGUGCCGGAGGAGCGGUGCGUGCUGGUGGUGGUUGACACGAGCAGAACAGCCCCAGACAGUGCAGGCCGGGCAGGGUGGGGGGAUGGGAGCAGAGGAUCAGAGCUUUCUUUCUCAAGUGCAAUAAAUCUAUCAGGGAGCUGGGGCGGGAGCAGCCGGCACUCCGGGACCCUGCUGUCCAGGCCACUGGAGGCUGCGCCCUGAGAGGCACUACAACCCGUUGGGGGCGGGUGGCAUGGGUGUGGGUGUGGGUGAGGGUGGGCAGAGGGCUGGGGCUACUCCUGUCGGUGCAACUCUGUUCACACCUUUUCUAAUAAACUGGGGCUGGGUUCACUUUG